CUCUUUCCCUUCCAUCUCGAUUUCUUUUCGUUGGGUACAAAGCUACAAGUCUACAAACAAACGACUCAAAUUCGCUGUUAGAAUUCAAAUUUACUGGAGAAUAGUGAGAAAUUUCUGGCAUGCUUUGAUUCGAGUGUUUUGCUAUAAAUCACAGAGAAAUUUGAUAUAAUUUUGAGGGUUUUGGAUUUUGGACGCAAUGGUGGAAUCAACUUCAGGCUCCAAUGUGGUGGAGGAAACUUCUCCGGACUUGUUGAAGAACACGCCGUCGAAUAUAAGGAGGUUGGCAGAUGAGAUUGAGCAGUGUGAGGGUAGGCAGAAGUACCUUGCUCAUACAGUAAGUCCAUCUGAUGGAGGUGAUGUCCGGUGGUACUUCUGCAAGGUUCCUCUGGCAUUGAAUGAACCUGCUGCUGCAGUUCCUCACACAGAAAUAGUGGGGCAUGGUGAUUAUUUCAGAUUUGGCAUGAGGGAUUCUCUAGCUAUUGAAGCUUUAUUCUUGCAGAGAGAAGAAGAGUUGCUUUCUUUAUGGUGGAAAGAGUAUGCAGAGUGUAGUGAAGGGCCAAGUGAAUUGCCUAGUAAAUUAAAUUCAACGUCAAUAGAAUCUUCUCCAGUGAACACUGAGUCGUCUGAACAGGAUGCAGUAGAAGAAGAGAGAGUUGGUGUCCCUGUAAAGGGAGGUUUGUAUGAGGUAGAUUUGGCAAAGAGGCACUGUUUUCCUGUUUAUUGGAAUGGAGAAAAUCGGCGUGUCUUGAGAGGUCACUGGUUUGCUUGUAAAGGAGGCCUUGAUUGGCUUCCACUCCGGGAAGAUGUUGCUGAACAAUUGGAGUAUGCGUAUCGUUGUAAGGUUUGGCACCGCCGAAGCUUUCAACCGUCUGGACUCUAUGCAGCUCGAGUUGAUCUUCAAGGCUCCACUCUAGGACUACAUGCUCUCUUCACAGGAGAAGAUGACACGUGGGAAGCCUGGCUGAGUGUUGAUACCUCUGGUUUCUCUGGUGUUCUUCGAUUUGGAGGGAAUGGUGUUAAGUUAAGACGUGGAUAUGCCUCGUCACAAUCGCCAAAACCAACACAAGAUGAGUUACGUCAAAAGAAGGAGGAGGAAAUGGAUGAUUAUUGUUCACAGGUUCCAGUUCGGCACCUAGUAUUCAUGGUCCAUGGGAUUGGUCAAAGGUUGGAGAAAUCUAAUCUUGUGGAUGAUGUUGGAGAUUUUCGUCAUGUCACAGCAAGUCUUGCUGAACGGCACUUAAGUCCAUACCAACUUGGCACACAAAGAGUACUCUUCAUUCCAUGCCAGUGGAGAAAAGGCUUAAAGCUUGGUGGUGAGGCUGCAGUGGAAAAAAUCACCUUAGAUGGUGUCCGUGGGUUCCGAACAAUGUUGAGUGCAACAGUACAUGAUGUGUUAUACUACAUGAGCCCCAUAUACUGCCAGGCUAUCAUUGACUCGGUUUCCAAUCAAUUAAACAGAUUAUAUUUAAAGUUCAUCAAAAGAAAUCCUGGCUACAAUGGAAAGGUUUCUAUAUAUGGCCAUUCACUUGGGAGUGUUCUAUCUUAUGAUAUUCUAUGCCACCAAGAGAUAUUGUCCUCUCCAUUUCCAAUGGAGUGGAUGUACAGGGGAGAAAAUGAGAAGAAAGUGUCUUUCCCUGACAAGAGUGAAGUAUCUUUGGACCAGAAUGUUACCACUAUUGUGGAUGAUGAAAGCCUUGAUAGUGACAGAAGCAAGAACAUUGUGAAUAUGCUAGGCAAUGACAUCAUGGAGGUAGAUCAAAGCUGCUCAGGCCUCGUGGAAGAAUGUACUGAAUUCUUAUGUCAUUCAGUCAGUCCCCCUGCAUUGUCAGACUCAGAUGAAGCUGCUAUAAACAGUGUUGAUAUCAAGCAACAUGAUGAUAGGAAUGAUUUGGGCCCUAGUGAACAGGAUAUGACAUAUGAUAGUGAAAUAGCUGAAUGCAGAGAUACUGGGUCUGACCAUACAAAAAUUGAAGGAGAACUGGAAAGUGAUAAAGACAAAAUGAUUAGAUCAUUGAGAGAAGAGAUUGAUUUGCUAACAGCCAAAAUCAGAGAAUUAGAUUGUUGGCGCGGACCCGAAGGGAAAAAGGGGCAAGAAACAAAUACAAUAAACCAAUCUGAAAAGGAUUUUUCCAAGGAAAGUGAUUCACAUAAGAAUUAUACCCCUUGCAUAAAAUACACAAAGUUGGCAUUCAAGGUUGAUACAUUUUUUGCUGUUGGUUCUCCUCUUGGAGUUUUUCUUUCCCUUCGCAAUGUUCGCAUUGGAAUUGGCAAAGGGCAAGAGUAUUGGGAAGAGGAAAAGAUUAAUGAAGAGAUGCCAGCUUGUAGACAAAUGUUCAACAUAUUUCACCCGUUUGAUCCAGUGGCAUAUAGAAUAGAACCACUUGUCUGUAAAGAAUAUGUUAGCAAACGACCAAUCAUUAUUCCUUACCACCGAGGUGGAAAGAGACUGCACAUUGGUUUUCAGGAAUUCACUGAAGGAGUAGCUUCACGUUCACAUGCUUUUGUGAACCAUAUACACUCUGCAAGGGUUAAGGUGCUUACAUUCUGCGAAUCAAGAAACAAUAACAAUGAGGAAGAAGGAACUCAUGAAGCUCAAGUGAGAGAUGAUAGGUCAUAUGGUUCAAUAAUGAUGGAGAAAUUAACUGGAAGUGAAGAUGGUCGAAUUGAUCAUGUUUUGCAAGAUAAAACAUUUCGCCAUCCAUAUAUUUCUGCCAUUGGAGCACAUACAAACUACUGGAGAGAUCCUGAUACUGCACUUUUCAUCUUGAAACACUUGUACCGGGACAUUCCAGAAGAUACCCAUUCACCAGGUGGAUCUCGAGAUGGAAACUCAAAACACGAGAGCGAUGAAGGUUACUGGUAUGGUCCAAAUGAAGAGGACGAUGAAGAAACUCCCUUAACUUUUGCUGACAGUGUCUUCUUGAAGAAAUUUUCUCGUAGAGCAAGGAGAAUUUUGAAACACUAAGUGCAUUGAUCUGAUCCUGGUAAUUACCUUCUCGGAUUUUAAACAGUUGUUUGCAAAUUAGCCCCCAAGUUCUCUCUCUCCCGAGAAAAUAAGGUUCAAAGAUGUCGGCCAUGCAAAUCUUAAGACUUUCCCCGACAAAAAUUAUGAAGCACGAAUAGUGUGUUAGAUUAUGAAUGGGAUUCCAGAUCUGACUAUGUUGUGUUGGGUAUGUUAUGUGGCUCUUCUCUCUCCCUCUCUCUAUAUGUGUUUUGUGUGUAUAUAGCAUAGCUAAAUGUCUCCUAUUGAGUUAGGAGUUGAUACUCGGGAGCUUGUAUAUAGUGUGCCAAGAAUCUGUAUAUAUUGCAAGUAGUGCACAGAGAAUAGGUUUUAGCAAUUAGAAAGAUUCAAGGAGUUAUUGCCUUAUUUUUUUUAUUUUUUUAUUUUUUGUUUAGGACUCUCCCUUUUGUGUUGCCUGUAAUAAUAUACAUUAUUUUUCAGUAAAACUCUUAGUUGAGCUUUAAUAAAUAUUUGUAUUUAGUUCUCAA